UGAGUGCGGCCGCUCCUCACGUGAUGCUGGGAAGCGGUAGUUUACCCAGAAGCCCGCGCUUCUCUUUGAGGUCAAGAUGGCGGCGAGGGCACCAGCUUCAGGAAGUGGUCGACUGUUAGAAGGCCUUCGCAAAUGGUAUUACAACGCAGCUGGAUUCAACAAACUUGGAUUAAUGCGAGAUGAUACCAUAUAUGAAAAUGAUGAUGUAAAAGUAGCACUGAAGAGGCUUCCAGAAAAUCUUUAUAAUGAACGACUAUUUCGCAUCAAGAGAGCCCUUGAUUUGAGUAUGAGACAACAAAUUCUUCCUGAAGAACAGUGGGUGAAAUAUGAAGAGGACAAAAAGUAUCUCGAACCAUACCUGAAAGAGGUAGUCCGUGAACGACUUGAAAGAGAAGAGUGGGACAAGAAGUAACUGCUGGGGAGAUGCUUCAUGCAAACUGCUGCAUUUCUUUCUAACAAAUAUUUUAGUGUUAUGAUAAAAAUCUGUUAAAGAAAAUCUGAGGCUGAAGAAACACUUUGUUCACUGAAUUUGUCAUCCAACUAAAAUAAACACGUCGAAGUACAAAA